UCCAGCAAAGGUGGUGGCGCCCCGGCGCGUGGGCAUGGUGCACGGCAGGGUUUCCCGGCUCUCGGUCCACGACGUGCGCUUCCCCACGUCACUCGGGGGCCACGGCUCGGACGCCAUGAGGGCGGUCCCCAAGGUUUGUGCCAAACUCAGCAAGCUUACAAGGUGCGUUCUGGAACAAGCCUUUGGAACCACCUUUAACAGCCAGGACUUGGAGCUGUGCUCACUCGGGCCCGCCGUGAAGGGCCUGUGUUUCCUGGUUACAGUUGUCUGUGCCGUGAAUGCCUUGGCCCCCCACGUGCUGAACAAGGACCUCGGUGACAUUGUUGGGGAUUUCAGAGGCUUCUACAGGCAGCUCACGAGUGAUGGGCAGCUGAGAUGGAUCGGUGCUGAGAAGGGUGUGGUGCAUCUGGCCGCGGCGGCCGUGCUCAGCGCCGCGUGGGCCCCGUGGGCCAAGCAGGAGGGGAAGCCUCUGUGGAAGUUACUUGUUCACAUGGACCCCCAGACGCUGGUGUCCUGCAUCGAUUUCAGGUACAUCACUGACGUCCUGACGGAGGAGGAGGCCUGCGAAAUUCUGCGGCAAAGUCAAGUCGGGAAAAAAGAGCGAGAGGAGCAAAUGCUGGCACAUGGCUACCCCGCCUACACCACGUCAUGCGCCUGGCUGGGCUACCCUGAUGCCACGCUGAAGCAGCUCUGCAGCGAGGCACUGAAGGACGGCUGGACCAGGUUUAAGGUAAAAGUUGGCGCUGAUCUCCAGGAUGACAUCCGUAGAUGCCAACUCAUCAAAAACAUGAUUGGACCUGAGAAGACACUGAUGAUGGACGCCAACCAGCGCUGGGACGUGCCCAAGGCCGUGGAGUGGGUGACAAAGCUGGCCGAGUUCAAGCCGCUGUGGAUUGAGGAGCCCACCUCCCCUGACGACAUUCUGGGACACGCCGCCGUUUCCAAGGCACUGGCUCCCUUGGGCAUCGGCGUGGCCACAGGAGAACAGUGCCACAACAGAGUGAUAUUUAAGCAACUCCUGCAGGCGAAAGCCCUGAAGUUUCUGCAGAUCGACAGCUGCAGGCUGGGAAGUGUCAACGAGAACCUCUCGGUGUUGCUGAUGGCCAAGAAGUUUGAAAUAAGGGUGCCAUGGGGCUUUCCUGUGUGCCCGCACCUGGGGGGAGUCGGCCUCUGUGAACUGGUGCAGCAUCUGAUCAUGUUUGACUUCAUCUCUGUCUCUGCAAGCCUCCAAGACAGGUCAGUGAUGCGGCGCUACCGUCAGUACUGCCUCUCGGUCCGACAGGACCCUGGCCACUGGCACAUCCUAGGACUCAAAGCUGGACCUGAAAACAGGCACUCCUUGCCCCCCACCCCCUGCAACAAAACUAAAAACCAGGAUGCUGGUUAUUCAACAGAAAUGAAGGAGGACUCAGUAAAGAGACACCGCUAUCCAGAUGGUGAAGUCUGGAAGAAGCUCCUAACUGCUCAAGGGAAUUAAGCGCUCAGCUCUGACAUGUUUUGCUUUAAGUGAAAAGGCUUAAGAUUUCUUGGGUCUGGUUUUACAAAAAUAGAAGAAAAAAAAAAUCAUCCUACCAAUCAAGACAAGUUCAGCUAAAAGUCAUACUAACCUCAGGGAUCAGCUUAGUCAUCAUUAUUACUUUAUUCUUUUAGCAGAAAAAAUUCUCCUGUGUAGUAUUUAAACAAAAAUAGCUCCAAUUAAUUCAAAGUACAGGAAGAUGUUCUUAAAUUUUCCAUCACACGUGUUACCUAGACAUUGAGUUGUACUUUGAAAACAAGCAGCAUGCUGGAAUACUUCCUUAAUCUUUUUAAAAACACACUUGUCAUAAAUUAGUGUAAUACAAACAGUGCCGCAGCACUGUGCAAUAUCUGCUCUGCAACAAAAGUUUAAAACAUCACUGAUAGCCCUGAGGUGGUUUAGCAGCUUUCUCUUGCUCAUUAGAGCCUAUUAGAGAAUUCACACUGUGCUGAAGCUAAUGAGCGUAAAAUGGUAUCAGGCUGUUUUUAUAACCCUUAAAGCCUUUAUUCUAGAUAAUCAUUGUUUUUUAAUGAUAAAGCCAGAAUUAGAUGAAACACAGAAAAAUAGGGUGAACUAGAGCUUAGUCAGCAUUUCUAAAAUAUACCCUAUCUAAGCCACAUCCAAA